CUUCGUCUCGGAGGGACGGAAGCGUCUGCUGGGACACAAGCCUCAGAAGGACACAGACCUCAGAGGGACUCCGCCAUUGUCAGACAGCAUGUUUUCAAUAAACUUUAUUUCUAAAAAAAAAUAAUAAUAAUAAUAAAGGCCGCUGCCGGCCGCUUGGUGGCGUCCUCUUCUCCUCCGCCGGCGCCGAGCCGUCAGAAGGUGUUUCAAAGGUUCCGGAGACCGAAUAUGUGGGACUAAAAGCUUUUGGAUCCAGCAGGCAGUGAGGGACCGCCGGGGACAGACUGCUCUUUGUCAUACAUGCAGUCAGACUGCCAUGAUGGUUGAUAUGGCGUUACCUCUCUGUCUGUCCAAAGAAGGGUUUGUUUACAGGAAGACCCUGAAAGGAUGUGAGCCCCACCUGAACUCUUGCCUGAGGUUUGCAGAGUCACACUGUUUGGAUCCGUGUGAGCCCACGGACAGCAGCUCCUCCAGGAAAGAGUCUGGAAAAGCCAAAAAGCAUGUGACGUUUGCGGAUCACAAAGGUCGUUCUUUGACCAAAGUGAAGGUCUUUUCUGAAUUCAGUGAUGUGAUUGAGAUUCCUCAAUGCAUCCAGGAGGUGCUGGAUCCUGUCCCAUCACGUGCACCUGAGGAGGAGCAGAAACCGGUGCUGGACUUCACUCAGCCCUCCUCGGAUUAUCUCCACUUUCAUCAGAGCCUCGAGAGCAACUACAUCUGCCUGGAGUACUGCACAGUGAAAGACAAGACGCUGGCUGGAACCGUCAAAGUCAAAAAUCUGUCCUUUGAGAAGAGUGUGAUGGUGAGAAUGACCUUUGACUCCUGGAAAAGCUAUAAAGAUGUUGAGUGUGCCUUUAUGAAGGACGCUUAUCCAAACCCAUCCACCGACACCUUCUCCUUUGAGGUUUUGCUGCCUGAUGGCUUGAGACCACACGAGCACAUCGAGUUUGCUAUUUGUUACCAUGUUGGAGGCAGUGAGUACUGGGACAGCAACCAGGGAAAGAACUAUCGCAUCCUCUGGUCCUCUGUGAGAGGACAUGAUCACAACAGCCACUCGUCCUUUGACCCUCACUUUGAUCGCUAUGGCAGCCCCACGUGUUCUCACGGGCUGUUCCCUGAUUGGCCAAGUUAUGCGGGAUAUGAGAACCUCGGACCGUACUACUGAUGAAGACGACAUGAAUCCAGCUCACAGUUUGUCUUCCUGGAGAAAGCAGCUGCUGUGACUUUCUGUGGAAUCCCAUUCUAUGAGGCGACACUUAUUGUUGGACAAAUCAUGGUUUUAGUUUUUCUAAAUGCCCCCCCCCCCCCCUCCAAUAUGACUGUUGCACUUUGUGCCUUUUUCUUCAGUUGUCUCAAUAAAAGAGGUUCUGUUGCAUCAGAAAAACCACGGUGCCACAUGUUCCUGACAUGGUGUAUUUAAUGGUUUUGGUCCACUUCCAGCUGUAUUUUCCUCCUUAACACAGCCAUCAACCAACUGAUUUUUAUUGUCAGGAUGCAGUUUUAGAACAACAAAUGCAGAUUUAUUUUUUUGCUCGUUGAGGCCUUUGCUUUUACUCUUUAGAUUUGAUGACCAAUAAAGGAUUUCCAGUUUUGUCAAAUGUCUUUGAAAUGCUUUCAUGCAUUCAUCAAAGAAUAGGCCCUUGAGCUGUGAGGGCGCCCCCUGCUGUCCGCUGCAGCAGACAUAAGCAGUGACAAUGUCCUGUGAGCAUCUUUUAGUGUCAUGCCCCAACCAGUUCCAGGCUUCAGUCCUUAUUUUCCCUCUUUAUUUGGUUCUGCUCCUUCUGUCCCAGCCUUGUUUUAUUAA